UAGGAAGAGGAGGUCAAAUGAUCUAGGAGAGUUUUUGGAAAGCGUGAGGUUGUCAAUACGAGAGCUAAACAGGUCAACGGAGGUCCAGUAUGACCACACAGUUCAUCUAGCAAAUUUAAACGGAUCAGUUUGCAGAUAUAAGUGGCUUUGCAGGGGAUUUGUUUCUUUGUUUGUGGCGCAAUAGCUUGUCUGAAUGCCUGCUAGCUAAUGCUAACGACACAUGUAGCGAGUACGCAAAAGAUUGACUAACAGUUGCUAGCAAAGUGAAGUUAUGGUCAUAAGUAACUGAGCUCGCGCUUCUAUAGAACAUCGGAUUGAUCUAUGGUGGUUAUUUCCGUGGAGUUAGUUUUUUGUUAGCUAGCUCUGUAACCUUUCAGCCGCUGUCCUGUCUUUGGUAUUUUCCUCUGGGACCUUGUGUCACGGUCAUAACUGUCAGUCAUGUUUCACUCUGUGCCUCGGCGUCCCAUCUGCGAGAUCGGUGUAAACACGAUGAGGCUCCAGAGCCGCAGGUCUCUGUGGCGAACGGUGGAGGAGAGAGGGGAGAAUCUCCAGAGUUUCCCCUGGCUGGGAAGGAACGUGGGCCUGCUGCUGUCAUGGCUCCAGAGGGCAGGUGUGGGGACCUCCAGGGGCCCGGGUCAGAGGAAGAAGAAAGGACUGCUGUCCAUAUUCGCAGAUCAUUGCGGCUUCGUGACCGGUCAGAGGCUGCGACGUGCCUGCCAAGUGGGCGAGCUUUACUCCAACCUGUACUCCGAGAGAACCAGGUGGACCCUGAUCGGCAACAUAUGGCGCAGAUUUCAGAACAGUCACGCCCCUACCGGGAAGCUGAUGGCGGCCCUUGCAGGGGUGUUCAUGUGGGAAAACGAGAAGAUUCAAGAUGAAGAGAUCCGCAGAUGUGGACUUGAGCUUGAGGCCAUGGAGGCUGUGAAAAGCCUAUGCACACCCUCUGCUACUGUGGCUGGACAACCAGACAGUGGCUGGGAAGCUGUGGUGGAGAAGAAGGAUUUCAGAGUGUGGAAGAGGCCUAUUCCCAACAGUCACCUCUAUGAAUAUCGAGUAUUGGGUUCCUACAAUGAUGUCACACCAAGACAGUUCUUCAAUGUACAGUUGGACACAGAGUACAGGAAAAAGUGGGAUUCCUUGGUUAUCAAGCUUGAAGUGGUUGAUAGAGAUCCCAACACAGGCUCUGAAGUUGUGCACUGGGCAACACACUUUCCAUAUCCAAUGUAUUCAAGGGAUUAUGUUUAUGUGCGACGAUACGAUGUUGACAUGGAAAAUAAUAUGAUGAUCUUGGUGUCAAGAGCCGUGCAGCAUCCUAGAGUCCCCGAGACUCAGGAAUUUGUGAGGGUCCACACGUACCAGUCAAAAAUGGUCAUUCGCCCCCAUAAGUCCUUUGAUGAGAAUGGGUUUGAUUACCUGCUGACAUACAGUGAUGAUCCACAGACGGUUUUUCCUCGUUACUGUGUGAGCUGGAUGGUGUCAAGUGGUAUGCCAGAUUUUUUAGAGAAACUACAUACUGCUGCCUUGCGGGCCAAAAACUUGGAGGUGGGGAUUCAUGACUACACCAGUGUCACGAAGUCCAGCGACUCCAACCGCCAGCCAAGCCAAGAGCGUAUGGGUGGAGAAACCACACAUUCUGGUCCUGGUCGCAUCUACGCCUGAGAUGGAUAUUGUCCAGAGUCAACUUUGGCAUGCUUUAACCUGCACUUAAGUCUGAUUGAAGCCGUCCAAUGAAACUUUGUGGGUACUCCUACAAGUUAGGUUUUCAGUUUAAUUUGCAGACACUUGUUGAUCUGUAGAUGCCGUAAUACUGUUUGUAAAAUGCAACAGCCGGAACAUGAUGGACAUCAUUACCAUCUUUGUGGACACUGUACAGACUGACUGGCACGGUUUUGUUAGCCAUUGUUUUUGCAAUGGUGUGUCUUCCAUAACUAUUGGUAAAAUUCAGACAAAUUUUCUAUUUGUGAAAAUAAUUUUGUCAAAGGACUGUUUCUCCAUUUUGUUUUUCCCAAAGCCUCGUGGAUUUUCAUGUGGUUUUUUCGACUUUGACACAAGAAGGUGACUAUGACUGAAUACUGAUGGACUUAUUGCUGUAAUUCAAGGCCUUUGCCAAAUGAACCCACUGCCUGAUGAAGAACUGCGGCUGUUGAGGGAAAUGCGGGAAGCGAGUCCCUACAUUUCAUGGGGUUUUAGGGUUAUUUGCAGCACAAUACAGUUACAUGACUGGAUAAAGGGGAUACAAGAUCAAUGCAUCUAUGACAGGAAAAACAGAAGAAUUUGGGCUUUUCUUUACCUUUGAGAAAAAAAGUAGCUUUUGUUCAUCAAACUGUUUAAAAUUGCCAGCCCUCUGAAGAUAUUGCUGUCCUUCAGCAUUAGAGGCAUAGUGUCUUACAAUAACCAUAUAAAUCCUCAUUAGCAAAGGUACUGAUGUGCAUCUGGUGAGGAAGUUGUGCAUCGCACUGCACAGCCAUUGAGAACCUGUCUGGUUUUUGCUUUGGAUUAAUAUUUAAGUUUUUUCAUUUGAGAUUUAGUGUUAAAUCUAUUCAGUUUGUUUGAUUUGAGUUACGUGAUUUUGUCUGUCACUGUAGAGCAUUCAUUAUUUUUAUGUGCAAAAAAAAAAAAAAAAAACCUUUUACAGUACUUAACCUCUGACUUUCAGUUCUGCAUUUUCUUUUUUUUUUUCAAUGCAAGUCCUACUGAAAUGCCAUACUGUUCUCCAUCGAUGCAUUUUACAAGGAGCUGUGUGCAGGGUCUAAAACGAAUGUACAAAAUGAACCACAUGUUGUGAAUUGAAACCUUGCCUAAAUAAACUGUUUACAGCCUGUUAAAAUGGCACCAACAUCCUAACGAACUGGUGUGUUACAAAAGCCCUCCAUCUUUUACUAAAUUGUAGUAUUACAAUUUGUGUGUUUGAUGCAUCCGUGUGAACCUUUGUUUUUCAAUGCUCCGUUUUCAAAUCCUUAAAUAUGUUUAAUUUACUCCUUUUGAAGCAUGUCUUGCUUUUUAAAUAAAUUUGGAAGUGUAAGAUAUAAAAAAUUUGUAUUGCAUUGGAAAUGCUUGUUUAACAUCUUCAUAGUCAAACCAAGCUGUGAAAAUGUAACCUAAUAAAACACAUUUGCU